GGAGUGACCUUCAGUGAGACUAUAAAUGAGCCGUAGAGAGAGAGAGACAGACUCAUACUACUGACAUACUACUGUAGAGAGAGAGAGAGAGACCACUCACGCAACAAACACACAGGGAAACGCAGACAUGAACGAUGCUCCUCCAGCAGGAAGUGCUCUGGCCACGCCCGCCGGCGCUGCAGGUCCCACCACGCCCAAGAAGGGACCGCCCAAAUUCAAACAAAGACAGACACGUACAUUCAAGAGCAAAGCACCCAAACCUGGACAGAAAGGGUUCGGUGAUGAUAUUCCUGGUAUGGAGGGUCUCGGCACAGAUAUCACUGUGGUUUGCCCAUGGGAGGCAUUUGGUGAUAUGGAGCUCAGCGAUCUGGCCAAAUAUGGCAUUAUCUAAACCCCGCCUCCUGGACGUCAAUGCCAUCGACUACGCCAUCUCAUCCCAUGACCCUGCCUCUUGUACUUGAUGUUAUUGUGUGGUUAUGAUGUUGAAUGGUAAAGGAUUAGUUCAAACAAAUGGACAUUGUUAUUAUGAUGAUUGUUAUUAUUAUUAUUAUAUAAUAUUUUAUAUUUUGUAUCAUUUGCGCUAAGACGACAACUAAUUUCCACCCCACCCCAACUCCACAUCCCAGUAGAUAUCACAACAGAACGAUGAAUAUGAUUAAACAUUUUAACUGCUGCAGAACUCAUGAAAUCACACUUUAGGAUGCAAUAUAUUAAUAAACAUCAUGUACAAACACCUUCCAUUAAAUAAAAAUGAUUCAUG